AUGGAGUUGCAGAACACCGUCAGAGAGGCCCUAAAUGCACUGUAUCAUUACCCAGACGACGCCGUUCGCAUGGAAGCCGAUCGAUGGCUUCAGAGCUUCCAGCGUACCCUUGACGCUUGGCAGGUGGCGGACAACUUGCUUCAUGAUACUACCAGUAACCAAGAAACUUUAAUAUUCUGUUCGCAGACUCUUAGAAGCAAGGUACAACGGGAUUUCGAAGAGUUGCCUUCAGAAGCUUUUCGUCCUUUGCGAGAUUCUUUAAAUACUUUGUUGAAGACAUUUCACAAGGGACCCCCUAAAGUUCGAACACAAAUUAGCCUUGCAGUGGCUGCAUUAGCUGUUCAUGUACCUGCAGAUGAUUGGGGAGAUGGUGGUGUUGUAAAGUGGGCAAGGGAUGAGAUGAACUCCCAUCCCGAAUAUAUUCCAAGUUUUCUGGAGCUUCUUAAAGUAUUGCCAGAGGAAGCAUUCAACUACAAGAUUUCGGUUAGGCCUGAUCGGCGCCGUCAAUUUGAGAAAGAACUUGCUUCUGUAGUGGAGAUUGCUCUUAAUAUAUUGACUGCUUGUUUGAGUAUCAAUGAAUACAUGGAGCAGGUGCUUGAGGCAUUUGCUUCCUGGUUGAGGCUGAGGCACAGGAUUCCUGCGUCUGCUCUUGCUUCUCAUCCUCUAGUGCUUACAGCUCUCUCAAAUUUGACUUCUGAUGUGGUUUCAGAAGCCUCAGUAAACGUUGUUUCUGAAUUGAUACACUACACAGCAGCCAGAUAUUCUGAUGGAGUUUCUUCACAAUUGCCUUUGAUACAAGUUAUUGUCCCACAGGUUAUGAGUCUUAAGCCUCAGCUAAGGGAUCCUUCCAAGGAUGAGGAGGAUGUGAAGGCCAUUGCUCGUCUCUUUGCCGAUAUGGGUGACUCAUAUGUGGAACUGAUUGCAACUGGGUCUGAUGAAUCAAUGAUGAUUGUACAUGCGUUACUUGAAGUUUCUUCGCAUCCAGAAUUUGACAUAGCUUCCAUGACAUUUAAUUUCUGGCAUAACCUUCAGAUGAUUUUGACUGAGAGGGACUUUUUCAUUUCAUCUAGUGAUGAAGCAUCAACUGAAGCUGAGAGAAGUCGACGGCUGCAAGUUUUCCGGCCUUUUUAUGAAUCGCUUGUUGCCCUGGUCACCUUCAAAGUUCAGUAUCCUUCUGAUUAUGCAGAGCUCUCAAAGGAGGAUCAAAAGGAUUUCAAGCAGACUAGAUAUGCUGUUGCGGACGUCUUAAUUGAUGGAGCAUUAGUUUUAGGUGGAGAAGCGACACUGAAGAUUUUGUAUGUUAAGCUUGUUGAGGCCUUAAGUUACAGUGGGAAAGAUAACGGUACUGAUUGGCGUCCAGCUGAAGCUGCUUUGUAUUGUAUUAGGGCCAUAUCAGAUUAUGUUGCAGUUGUUGAAGCUGAAAUAUUGCCACAGAUUAUGUCCUUAUUCCCAAAACUUCCUCAUCAACCUCAACUGUUGCAGACAGUAUGCCUAACGAUUGGAGCCUAUUCACGGUGGCUCGAUGCUUCAUCUAGUGGAGUUUCUUUCCUGCCAUCUCUGAUAGAUAUUCUUGUUAAUGGAAUGAGCAUAUCGGAAGAUUCAGCUGCAGCGGCUUCUUUGGCCUUUAGACAUAUUUGUAAUGAUUGCAGUAAGAAACUUUGUGGGUCCUUUGAAGGCCUGUUUCAAAUCUAUAAAAUGGCAGUGAUUGGGGAAAGUUCUUUCAAGGUUUCUGCUGAAGAUUCAUUGCAUCUAGUCGAAGCUCUAAGCAAGGUUAUCACAGAACUUCCUUCAGAACAAGCUAAGAAGGCCCUUGAGGCAUUGUGCUUGCCUGCUGUUACUCCGCUACAGGAAAUUAUUAAUCAAGGCCCUCUUAUACUGGGGCAAAAAACUGCUCGUGACCUGACAGUUCAUAUUGACCGGCUUGCCAAUAUUUUUAGACAUGUCAAUCACCCUGAAGCUGUGGCAGAUGCAAUUCAUAGGCUUUGGUCACUUUUCAAACUGAUCUUUGAUCUUCGUGCAUGGGACAUGCGGACUAUGGAAUCCCUUUGUCGAGCUUGCAAGAAUGCUGUAAGAACUUCGAAAAGGUUCAUGGGAAUCACAGUUGAAGCCAUACUGGAGGAGAUACAACGACUUUAUAAGCAGCACCACCAACCCUGUUUUCUUUAUCUUUCAAGUGAAGUUAUCAAGAUAUUUGGGUCUGAUCCUGCAUGUGCAGACUAUUUAAAGAGUUUGAUUGAGUCUCUCUUUAGCCAAACAACGUGUCUGCUAACACGAAUCCAGGAGUUUACUUCCCGACCAGACAUUGCGGAUGAUUGCUUUUUGUUGGCAUCAAGGUGUAUACGUUAUUGUCCUCAAUUAUUUUUCGCUUCACCAAUUUUUCCACCUUUGGUGGAUUGUGCCAUGGCUGGCAUGACUGUGCAGCAUAGGGAGGCAUCAAAUUCCAUAUUAAAUUUUUUGUCUGAUAUAUUUGAUCUUGGCAAUUCUAGCCAUGGAGAAAUGUAUUUGUCCACAAGAGACAGUGUUAUAAUUCCUCGUGGGCCAACAAUCACCAGGAUUUUGGUUGCUUGUUUAACCGGUGCACUCCCAAAUUCACAAGUUGAAACGGUAACCUAUGCACUACUAGCACUUACUCGAGCUUAUGGGAUGAAAACUCUUGAAUGGGCACAAGAGAGUCUUGCAUUGAUUCCAUCUUCAGCUGUCACAGACUUAGAAAGGUCCAAGUUCUUGCAAGCUUUGUCAAAUGCAUCCUUAAGGAAGGAUACCAAUGAUAUAAAACUUCCAAUUGAAGAGCUUUCCGAGGUUUGUCGUCGCAACCGAACAGUUCAGGAAAUUGUUCAAGGAGCUUUAAAGCCCCUUGAACUGCAAAUAGUCAGUGGUUCAUAG